AUGGACACUUUCCGUACGAAUUCGAACAACGCCCAGCUACAACUCAGCUCCUUUUUAUCCCUCGACGCUGACGAUGAGAUGGCGCAGCUUAUUCUGGAGGAAAUAUCGUACAUGCGACGCUCGUUUACUGGUGUAGCAGCCGAGAUUGCAAGUUCUCCGUCAUGCUCUUCACCUACUGGACUUAAUGCCAUCUCGGAAGACGACGAAGAAGAGGAAGACUAG